AUGGCUUCAACCGGAUUGACUGGAAUUCUACUUGUCCUUGGUACUGCCAAUGUUCUCCAUGGUUUUGCUAUAGUGGAGAAGGAAGAUGUGUUCAAGAGGACCCCUUGCCCAGCCUUCUUAAUGUUUGAGAAUGUUGCUUACCUGGCUGAUAUGAGCUUUGAGUUGCCUUGCAAUUGCAAACCAGAGGAGAUCACCUCUGUAGUUUGGUACUUUCAGAAAAAUAUGGGCAGUCAGCAAACUAAGGUCCUGACGGACUUUGAUGGGACUUUGGUAGUGGACUCUAGUCACAUCAAGGUGGGCAGUGACAUAAUCUGGCGCUUCAGCAUUAGGAUGUUCAGCCUCAUUGUCUUCCGGGUGCAGGUGGAAGAUUCGGGGCACUAUAUCUGUGGCACAAAAAGAGGUGAUUUCUUCUAUGGCUAUGAUGUAGAUGUACAGGCUUCUAAGGGCAUAGUAGUUGCCUUUGUAGAUAAGGAUCAACAUUCAUGGGAAGAUGAUGAGGAAAAGCAUUUCAAGAUCUUCACCGUCUUCUGGGAAUGGACCAAGUGCAACCGCUGUGGUGUCAGGGGUGAGCAACGGAGAAUUGGUCUUUGCUAUGUGAAAAGCCCCUACCUGUUCAGGCGGUACCAUACUACCACAGCUGAUGUGGCAUCCUGUGGCUCAGGCUCAGUCCCAAAAUGGUUUUGGAGUGGUGUAAAGCUGAGGAAGCCUGAGGUUGUCAUCCGCAGUUGCAUGAUACCCUGUAGAGGGAAGGCCUCUUCAAAGGAAGGGGAAGCGUCCAUCUCAAAUAUCAUCUCAAAGCUUGGAGAAAAACCCUGGGUUCCUAAUAUUCCCAUACAAUUCCACAAGCAGACUCUUGGUAGCAGUUUAAUUAUUACCUGCCCUGGGGCCAGGGUAGAGCAUGCUGUAGCUUGGGACAAAGAUUCAACUCGGCUAUACCUCACAAGGUUCCUUGUUGGGGUCAACAAGAGCAUGAGGGUCUUCAUUGACCAUGGAAAUCAAUUACAUAUCCGCUUUGCCCAGAUGAAUGACAAAGGUAUCUACUACUGCUGGCGAGAGGGACAAAUGGUUGCUGGUUUUCGACUAUCUGUGGUAUAUGAAAGCCGACGCAAACGAAGCCUUGAUGAUCCCGAAACACAGUAUGCUGUGAAGAUGAUCUUCACAAGCUAUGUUGUAAUCACCAUCCUCUUUGUCAUCAUCCAUAUGAUCCGCUGUUGCAUUUAUGCCUUCAAAUGCACAGCUAUGGAAUAG